AUGACACUACAGUGGAGUGAACAGCAAAGUUCUCGUUCUGCACUGUAUCGCAAUCCCCAUUCAUUAUGUUCGAGAUUCCGCAAUCUCAAGAUUCUGGUCCUCGGGAUUCAGAAUUUUGGGAUUGUGGAGUUUCAGUACUCCAUAGUGAUCCCAUAUACAGUGGUAGAUGUGGUCUGCUGUACCCCUGGUUCCACCAUUUGUACGGCUGGCAAGUAUAGCAGUUUUUUCCGUUAUAUCCGCCGCCUCGUGCCUCUUAACUUCUGGGAGGAAGUGAAGCUGCUUUCAAAACUAGCUGGGCCCGUGUUUGUAUCCCAGUUGAUGGUGUUCUUGAUCAGCUUUGUAAGCUCUGUAUUUUGUGGACAUCUGGGCAAAGUAGAACUGGAUGCUGUCACACUUGCCAUAGCGGUCAUAAAUGUUACAGGUAUUUCUGUAGGGUCUGGAUUAUCUUCAGCAUGUGACACUUUAAUUUCUCAGACGUAUGGAAGUAAAAAUCUGAAACGUAUUGGUGUCAUCCUACAGAGAGGAAUCCUUAUUCUGCUGAUAUGCUGUUUCCCUUGCUGGGCACUUUUUAUCAACACUGAACAGAUUUUAUUAGCAGUUAAACAGGCGAAGGAAGUAGCCAGCUUAUCACAGCUAUAUGUGAAGAUUUUUAUUCCUGCCUUACCGGCAGCGUUUACAUACCAACUGCUGUCAAGAUAUUUACAGAACCAGGGUAUAAUUUUGCCACAGAUUAUUUGUGGCUUUAUAGCGAAUCUUCUGAAUGCACUAGUAAACUACAUUUUUAUAUUUGUGCUGCACCUGGGAGUAGUGGGGUCUGCAGCAGCCAACACCAUCUCUCAAUUCUUACAAGCUAUUUUGCUGCUUAUAUACAUCCGAUGGAAAAAGUUACAUACAGCAACUUGGGGAGGAGAAGCCUUCAGAGAAGGGGCCUCAUUUUUACUGACUGUACAUGAAAAGGUAUCUCUUCUUUUUGUUUGA